AUGUAUAACGAAAAAAAUGAAAUAAUCUAUUCAGUUAAAAUAAGUGAAGAUGUAGGAAAUGAAUGUACGGGAGUUUAUAGAAGCCCUAUGUGUAAAGAUCGUUUAAUGGAGAAUUUUGAAGAUAAACCUUUUAAUAGUGUAUGGGAAAUGUUUAGUGAUGUAGCUGAUAAAUUUAAAGAUAAUGACUGCUUGGGUAGUCGUAUAAAAGAAAACAAUAAGCUUGGAGAAUAUAAAUGGAAAACAUAUGGAGAGGUUAAAGAAUUGGUUAUGUUAAUUGGUUCUGGUUUAUUAAAUUGUGAUGCAUGUCCAUUAAUUGAUUGUGGUGAAGAUAAGGUAAUAAAAGCUAGAUUUUUAGGAUUUUACAUGCCUAAUAAUCCAGAAUGGACGAUUUGUGAUCUAAGUUGUAAUGCAUAUAACAUUAUUACAGUACCUUUGUAUGACUCUUUAGGUAUUGAAUCAAGUAAAUUUAUUUUAGAACAAACAUUAAUGAAGACAAUUAUUUGCAAUAAGUCCUGCGCGCUUAAUUUAUUUAAGUCAUUAGAAACUUGUGAUGAAAUUUAUUUAAAAAAACUAAUUUUUGUUGAUGAAAUAGAUGAUGAGAUAGAAAAAAUGAGCAAGAAAUUUAAUUUAGAAUUAAUUGUAUGGAAUGAUUUAAUAAAUGAAGGGAAAAAAAAUAUAUUAGAAAUUAGCCCUGCAAAUCCUGAUGCCAUUGCAAGUAUUUGUUAUACUUCAGGUACCACUGGAUUCCCAAAAGGAGUAAUAAUGGUUAAUAGGAAUAUGAUGGCAACAUUAAAUGCAUCAAUGUUAGAAUUAUUAAAAAUGUCAGAUUUAGAUGUAAAUGAUAAAGAUACACAUAUAUCUUAUUUACCAUUAGCCCAUAUAUAUGAGAGAAUGAUUCUUUUUUUAUGCUUUGUCUUCGGGAUACGAAUAGGAUAUUAUUCGGGAAAUAUACAAGCAUUAAUUGAGGAUAUUCAAGUAUUAAAACCAUCAAUUUUUAUUAGUGUUCCUAGACUUUAUAAUAGAAUUCAUGAACGAAUUUAUAAUUCUUUAAAAAAAAAAUCACAUUUAAUUCAAGCAUUAUUUAAUAAAGGAAUAGAUCAUAAAGUGAAGAAAUUAAAUGGAAGUGGUUCCUAUACUCAUUUUUUAUGGGAUAAAUUUCUUUUUAAUAAAGCCAAAAAAAUUAUGGGUGGAAAUAUAAAAGUAAUGUUAAAUGCAUCCGCACCUAUUAGUUGUGAUGUAGUAAAAAAGUUGAAAUCAAUUUUUUGUGCACCAAUUUUAGAAGGCUAUGGAAUGACUGAAACCAUGGGACCUUCGUUUUUGUCUCAUAUGUAUGAUCCUCUUAUGGGACAUAUAGGAGGACCUAUAGCAUGUAUGGAAUUUAAGAUUGUAUCGGUCCCUGAAAUGAAUUAUUUUAUUAAUGAUAAACCACCCAAAGGAGAAUUAUACUUAAGAGGACCAAGUAUAUGUAAGUUAGGUUAUUUUAAAUUAGAGAAGGAAACAAAAGAAUUAAUUAAUGAAGAUGGAUGGGUAUGUACAGGUGAUAUAGUAGUACUAAAUGAUAAUGGUUCAGUCAGUAUUAUAGAUAGAAAAAAAAAUAUCUUUAAAUUGUCUCAAGGUGAAUAUGUUGCUGUAGAAAAAAUUGAAUCUUCUUAUAGACAGUCUUUAUUUAUUAACCAAAUUUUUGUUUUCGGAUAUUCUUCUGAAUCAUUUCUUGUUUCUGUUAUAUUUCCAUCAACAGACACUAUUGAAAUAUGGAAAAAAAAUAAGAAAAUUGACAAAAAUGAUGAAGAAAUUAUAAUUUUACCUGAUUUUAAAAAUGAUGUUAUUAAUGAUUUAAUUAAAAUAGGUAAAAAUGAUGGAUUAAAAGGAUAUGAACAAAUAAAAGAUAUUUAUUUCACGUUAGAACCAUUUACAAUAGAAAAUGACUUAUUAACACCUACAGGAAAAAUUAAAAGACAUGUUGCUCUUAAAAAAUUUAAGUCACAAAUUGAUCAAAUGUAUCAAAAAGCAAAAAACUCAUAA